GAAGGAUCGCGCCGCUAUUGGUUGGAAGGGGCCCGCGCCGUUAUUGGUGGAAAGGGGCCCGCGCACGCGGCGGCGGCGGUAGCCGGAGGUCGUGAGGGAAGAGCGGCUGAGGAGGGAGCUGAGAGGAGUCCUGGCCAUGGCAGUGCAGGACCCCCGGCCCAACCACACCAUCUACAUCAACAACCUGAACGAGAAGAUCAAGAAGGACGAGCUGAAGAAGUCCCUCUACGCCAUUUUCUCGCAGUUUGGGCAGAUUUUGGACAUUCUGGUGUCACGCAGUCUCCGCAUGCGGGGCCAGGCCUUUGUCAUCUUCAAGGAGAUGAGCAGCGCCACCAACGCCCUGCGCUCCAUGCAGGGCUUCCCCUUCUACGACAAACCCAUGCGGAUCCAGUACGCCAAGACCGACUCGGACAUCAUUGCCAAGAUGAAGGGAACGUUCGUGGAGCGGGAACGGGACCGGGACCGGGAGCGCAAACGGGACAAGCGCAAAGCCAAGGGGGGAGAGGCCCCCGGCCCCAAAAAGAGCGGGGCUGGAGCGCAGGGGGCAGCGCAGGGGGCAGUGCCCGGGAUGCCACCACUGGCACAGCCGCCCCGGAUGCUGCCACACAUGGGGGGACAACCGCCCUACAUCCCGCCCCCCGGCAUGAUUCCGGCCCCAGGAAUGGCCCCAAAUCCAGGAAUUCCCCCAGGAAUGGCCCCACAGCCUGGAAUGGCCCCAAUCCCUACCCCACAGCCUCUGUCGGAAAAUCCCCCGAACCACAUCCUGUUCCUGACCAACCUCCCUGAGGAGACCAACGAGCUGAUGCUCUCCAUGCUCUUCAACCAGUUCCCUGGGUUCAAGGAGGUGCGCCUGGUGCCCGGGCGCCACGACAUCGCCUUCGUGGAGUUCGACACCGAGGUGCAGGCGGGCGCCGCCCGCGAGGCCCUGCAGGGCUUCAAGAUCACCCAGAGCAACGCCAUGAAGAUCUCUUUUGCCAAAAAGUGACCCAAACACCCCCAACUCCACCAAAAUACCCCCAACCCCAAAAAAAAACCAGACCUGAAAUACCCCGAGAUUGAAAAAGAGCACCUCAAACCCACCCCUAAAUACCCAAAACCUGCCCCUAAAACACUCCAGUUCCCUCCAAACCACCCCAAAAUCCCAUAGAAGCACCCUAAAAAUCCCUCAAAACCACCCCAGAACACCCUAAAUCCCAUAAAACUGCCCCCAAAUCCCAGAAAAAUACUCCAAAAUCCCAGAAAAUUGCCCCAGAAGUGGUCCUGGCCCUGCUUCAAGCCCCCACACAUCCCCACUCCCCCAGGUAAGUUCAGCUCGGCCCAAAUCCUCCUUUUCCCACCCCAAAUUAAUUUUUUUUCCAGCCCAAAUCCUUUGUGGGUCCCCAAAUCCUGUUUCCCAUCCCAAAAUCUCCCUUUUUCGCCCCAAUUCCUCACCCCAAAUCCUGGUUUUUGGUUUUUUCACCCCAAAUCCUUUGUGCAUCCCAAAUCCCCUUUUCCCACCCCAAAUCCCCUUUUUCCAAACCAAAUCCCCUUUUCCCACCCCAAAUACUUCCCUGCCCACCCUAAAUCCUCUUUUUCCACCCAAAAUCUUUCCCCAUCCUAAAUCCCCCAAUUCCCACCCUAAUCCCCCUUUUCCCUACCCUAAAUCCCCCUUCCACCACCCAAAAUCCCUUUUUUACCCCAAAUUCUCCUUUUUUCAUUUUAAAUCCUUCUUUUUCCACCCCAAAUCCCCCUUUUCCCACCCAAAACCCUUUUCCUUCCCAAUAUCCCCUUUUCCCAUCGCAGCUGGGGUCAGUUCUGACCCCAAAUCCUCAAUCCCCACCCUAAAUCCCCUUUUCCCACCCAAAUCUCCUUUUUUCCAUCCCAAAUCCUUCCUUGUGCAUCUCAAAUCCUCCUUCUUUCACCCCAAAAUCUUCUUUAUCCAUCUUAAAUCCUAUUCUUUCAUCCCUAAUUCUCCUCACCCCAAAUCCUUAUUCUUUCAUCCCAAAUCCCUUCUUCCACCCUGGAUCCCCACCCUAAAUCCACUUUCUCAGCCCCCCAGGGGCUUUUGGGGUUUCCCAAAGAGUUUUUGGGGUUUUUCCCAGCAUUGUACCCAGAGUCUCUCUGCAGACAUUGCACCUGGAGCUGCCCCCACCCCAGAUAAACCCAAAUCCCCUUUUCCCACUCCCCCUGAUGUUUCUCGGGUUCCCAAGGGGGUUUUGGGGUCUUUCCCAGCAUUGUACCCAGGGUCUCUCUGCAGACAUUGCACCUGGAGCCUUCCCAAAUAAACCCCACUGUGCCCCCCA